GGGGCCUGGGGUCGCUGAUUGGUUCAAGGAAAGCACCAUAACUACAAGGAGUUUAUAUUCAUUCAACUUGUUGAAGUGCUCCUAUUGCAGCCUGGAGAGAAGUCUGAGCUUGGACUGUGGCUUGAGGGAGUCUGGCAGUGAUAUUGGCGGUGGACUACAAGCUCUAUCAUGGACUGAUUUGAUCAAAAUCUUUGCAAAAAUGGCAGACAGUGAGGUCAAGACGCUGCUCAAUUUUGUCAAUUUGGCAUCCAGUGAUAUAAAAGCGGCCUUGGACAAGUCGGCUCCGUGCAGACGCUCCGUGGAUCACAGGAAAUACCUACAGAAACAGCUGAAACGUUUCUCACAGAAGUACUCUAGAGUCCCAAGAUGCCACACGCACAGGUCUGCUGCUGAGUAUGGGUGCGCCAAACCAGUGGGUGCUGUCCACCAGAGUGUGAAGGUCAUAGAAAAGGCCAGCUCGGAUGCGCAGUGUGCGGAGAAUGCGGGGAGUGCUGUGGAGCAGGUGCCUAUGAGGAAACGCCAACUCCCAGCCUCAUUUUGGGAGGAACCAAAGUUGAUCCAUACUAAAAGGGAGCACUCACACUUGUUGAAAAAGAACCCUGCAGGUGCAUCUGAGGGCAACGAAAAUGAAAAGAGGAAAAGGAGUUAUGAUGAUGACGCAAAGGCCACUCUGUCUGCGUCCAGUCGGCGCAGCUCUGCGGAUAAAGAGAAAUUGGACCUGACUUCUCACCACUGUGUAAGCGUGUGCGCCUGCUGUCCCUUCCAGUACCAUGGACACCAGGUCCUCCACAGUCACAUUGUUGUCCCCUAUCCGCCCCUGGGAUUAUGGAGCAAAGCAGCAGAGACAGAGAGACCUGAGUAUGGACAGAAAAUUCACACGCACGUUGUGGUCAAACCCAUACCGACCAAACCCACCGUGCAGUCGCCCAUCUUCAGUGUGUUUGGAUUCAUUUAAUUACUCUACUAAUGGACCAGUCACACAAAAAUGUGUAAAUAGGACUAAUUAUUUUCUUUCUCUUUCAACAUUUCUACAUGAGACACUUACUGGGAUGCUUCAUCUAUUUUUAUUGUUUAAAUCUAAAGUUGCACUUGCAGAAUAACUCCACUUUCAUGCCAAUCUGAUGCCUUUCAAGCAUCUGAAAAACUGACAGUAAGUUAAAAGGUUUCCACUUUUAGGUUUCUACAGAGUGACUGCUUCUUUUGUUGGCACCAAAAGUCAUGCAAAUGAAUGAGAACAUCCUGUUUUAGUUUUCUCUUUCAGCUAUGAGAAUAGAAUGCGGGACAUAGAUCGCUUUUUCUUUGUCAAAGUAAUGUUUGAUAGGCACGUUUGAAACUUUAAUUUUUAAAUAAAUGAUACAACUUUCUUUCAA